CUGAAGGCAGCUUUUACGCUUUUUUUUAGUUCUCUUUUUUGUUUUAAUCCUCGUUGUUGUUCACGAAUUUUUUACCCACCUAUUUUAUCAAACUCUUCAGAGUCGUCGAAGAAUGAGAAAAAACCGCCCUAUUCUUAUGCACAGCUGAUUGUGCAAGCAAUAAUAAGUACUCCAGAUCAACAAAUCAAAUUACCUGGCAUAUAUAAUUUUAUCAUGCAGAAAUAUCCAUGGUAUCAGUCUUGUGAUAAAGGAUGGCAGAACUCCAUUCGCCAUAAUUUGUCAAUGAAUCAAGAUUUUGUGAAGGUGAGUCAUACAUUGAUUUUUCAUUAA